AUGCCGACCAACUUGACUGCGGUUUGUACUCGCGGUUCUCUGAUUCGCUCGAGCGGCAGCCAGGAAGUGUCGGCUUCACCGGCGAUCGUUUUCACUGCUAAACAAUACCUCGUUUUUUACGAAAUUUACGUGAAUGUAGUUAAGCGAGGGUUUGAGAGUGGGCGGCUGAAAUUGACUCAUUCACAAUUGGCCGCUUUUCAUAUUUGGGUUAUUUGCUUGUCACGUGAUUUGGUUCCGCCGCUUUCGCGGAGUCCGUCGCUUUUUCUGCCAAUCGUUGGCGCCUGUCUGCAGUCCUGGCGCCAAUACGUCGCCGUUUUUUCUUCGCAGCAGUUGUUUUUUGGUGCUGCGCGUGCGGUGUCCGUGCUAAAGUUCGAAGAAGCGCAAGCGUCGAUGACUCAUCUGUCGGCUGGCCGAUCGAAGCUAUUCAUCGAUGGUCAUCUUAUGUCCACUUUGAUGGUCGUCUCACUCCUUUAG